AUGCGCGGCCACCUUGCGAGUCCUCGAAAACGGGGUGGAGCGCGGACUCGGCGUCCGCGCCCGCGUCUGUCGACGGCGUCAAACGUGCGCGGCGGAAGGGCGUGGAGGCCAACGAAGCCGAGCGUGCGGGUGGAAGGUGGGGUGGCGGACGGGGCGCGUGCGGGCGUGUGGAUGGCGCUGAGCCGCGGCGACGGGAGCUUCUCAGCGAACGCGAGUGUGGGUCUCGGGGCGAUGCGGUACCCGGCAUGCGUGGGGAGCAUGUCGUGGGCGGGGGGCGUCGCGCUCGCGCAGGACGAGCGUGCCGCCUUGGGGUGCGGCGGGCAAGAUGAGCACGGGGGAGCUAAAGACGGCUUCGUCGCGCGAGGCGUCCGCAUGGAUCCGGAUCGAGGAGCCCAUGGCUGCCUGCGUGCCGCGUCGUCACUGGCGAGCGCGGCGGAGUGGCUGCGCGCGGACGGUAUGGCCUCGUCUCUCCCGAAGAAGAGUCCGAUCCGGACGAAUUCCAAAAGCCCGCAAGCCUCGACGUCGAGGUCGAGGGCGCAAUUUGGACGUGUCCGGCUGUCCGGCCAGAGUUCGGGGCGCGGCGAGGCCCGCCUACGCCAUGCGAGGCGAGGUCGCACGCGGCCUCAAGCCUUGAGAGCGGCGAUGUCAGGCAGGGGGGCUCUCGGCCCGUCCAUACGUCUAGACAAAGCAUCCCGGAGCCCGCUCAGGGCCGCACCGAGCUCCGUUGCCCACGCGUGGUGGUGA